ACAAGACCAUGUAGUAGGGACUUUGGAUCGUGUUUUUUUUAUUUUUAGAUAACCACUGAAUAUUUACUCAAUUAAUGACACGCGGGUAUGUACUAUACACACGUUUUAUCCUACUCGAUGAAAAAAAUCCCCGAUAAUUCGUAAUUAUUUCAAUAACGGCAUAGGUAUAGCGAUUAUGCUUUUACGUGAAUAAUAUUAUUAAAUCAAAAUAUAUUAUUAUUGUACCGCCACGACGAGAAUAUUUUUUGCUGCCGUUCCGGUGCAGUCCGCAUUCGUGUGCCGACAUGAUCGUUUUGGCGCUGAUCGCCGCCGCCUUCAUGAACGGUAACCACUUGUACCGAAUUAUUUGUCCGGCGAUUGGCUGACGGUGGUGGCGCACACGCAAACGUACCUCGACGGAGGACAUCAACCACAGUUGUCGCACCACCGGCCGCGGCUGUCCUGCUCGUCGUUUUUCGAUGAAUUCAAAGCGCAAUUAUUCUGGGCCAUGGUCGUCGGAUACGGUAUAUACUUUGGCUUUUGCGGGUACUUGGAAUGGAAAUACUAUGUAAAGGGACGUGGCAAGGAGGCCCAGUGGAAAUGUCAACCGAACCGGCUCUUGCCCAGACACCUUGUCUGGGAUCAGAUCAAAUGGGGCUGUAUAGGUCUGAUGGUGACGAACGCGGUGUCCGCGGCUGUGGCCACGCACGUCAGUUGCGGCGGUUACAGCAAAGUUUACAUCGGAUUCGGCCAGUACCCGUUGUGGUGGUGGAUACUCCAGUGGCCAGUGAUAUUCUUCCAGCAGGAUUACGUGACUUAUUGGAUUCAUCGGUCGUUUCACUCAAAGUUUUUGUUCAAACACUUUCACAGCAUCCACCAUAGGUACUUUCAGCCUACCCCGUGGUCGGUGACCGCCAUACAUCCGUUGGAGUUGACUACCGUGCAACUGGCCAUGGUCGUGCCAAUAUUUAUUUAUCCCGUGCAUUGGUUUCCGUUUUACGGAUUGGCUCUUUACACGUACUAUCACGGUAUCGUGCAACACUCGGGAAUCACUUUCAAGGCGCAGUGGUGGCAGCCCUGGCAACCGGAUUGCAUGUUCCACGACAACCACCAUCAGUACUGUCACGUCAACUAUGGAUUUAAUUGCUCUAUUUGGGAUAAGAUCCACGGAUCCAUGAGAAAGAUCGAUCGAUGUUACAGCGAGCACACGGAUUCUUGGGGUUCCGGAAGACCAUUGGCGGACUUGUCAAGCAAAGAACGGCACCGGGAAAUUCAGGAGAGGAUCACCGAAAACCCAAUUGCUUACCGCGAACAAUUUAACCCGUACUUGUUGAAAGAUGUCGACGGUGACGUCGAAUAAUAAUUUCAAAGGCUAUUAUUUGCGUGAUCGCUGCAAAUGAUUUGGGUCGACCUCUCUUCUAUAUUUAUGUUUAUAUACGAUCUAUAGACUAAUGUUUAAAUUCCAGACGGGUUGUGACUCGCAUUUAAUAAAUUCAGUAUCACUGACACAUUAUUAAUAAUAACAAAAAUGUGAGCAGUGUUAUUUUUUGUUUCCUCAACUAAACAAUAUUCAAUAUAAUAUGUACCUAUGCAAUAAUAUGUGAAUAAGAAAAUCGACAAAUUACUGGAGCUGCAGCGGCUGUGGACCUGAGUGCUGUGCGUAUAGGUAUAGUAGGUAUACUGUAGUAUAUGUAGGCACUGCAUGUAAAUUACCAUGAUCAUUUGUAUGGAAUAUAACUAUAUUAUAAUUUUACCAAUGCAGGUAUAUUGGCGAAAGCGGGAAUUAAACACUUAUUAA